AUGCCCAAUGACGUCGGUGCUUCUAUUCUUGACUCGCACGAGCCACAGUCCCUGACGUCGUGGCGGCUCCCUUCAAAGUUGUCGGGACAAGCAAAGAAGAUCUCGACGAAUAGCCCAGUAGUCUGGGCCUCCGUCCCCUCUCCCCCCAAAGGAGGACACCGGACUGACCCCGCCGUCCUUGGACUGUUUCUAGGGUCACUCACGACGCCCCCAAGGCGGGGAGAAAAAAGUCGCUUUGGGCGCUCCAAAGCAGUCGCCGACGUGGGAGACGGUCGGUCCGCCGGCAAACCCCAAGUCAAGAAGGCCACCUUUGAAAGUACCAAGAAGAAGGAGAUCGGUGUCUCGGAUCUCACCCUGCUCAGCAAGAUCUCCAAUGAAGCCAUCAACGAUAACUUGAAACUCCGGUUCGAGCAUGACGAGAUUUAUACCUAUAUUGGACAUGUGUUGGUUUCGGUCAACCCGUUCCGAGACUUGGGCAUCUAUACCGAUAGCGUCCUUGAGUCUUAUCGAGGCAAGAACCGCCUCGAAGUCCCUCCUCAUGUAUUCGCUGUCGCCGAAUCAGCAUACUACAACAUGAAGUCCUACAAAGACAACCAAUGCGUGAUCAUUUCGGGAGAGUCCGGUGCCGGAAAGACCGAGGCCGCGAAGCGGAUCAUGCAAUACAUCGCCAGUGUUUCGGGCGGCAGCGACUCCUCAAUUCAGCAGACGAAGAAUAUGGUGCUGGCCACGAAUCCUCUGCUCGAAUCGUUCGGUAAUGCGAAAACACUGCGCAACAACAAUUCGUCGCGAUUUGGCAAAUACCUCGAGCUCGAGUUCAACGCCAACGGCGAGCCCGUGGGCGCAAACAUCACUAACUACCUGCUGGAGAAGUCUCGAGUGGUGGGACAGAUCACGAACGAGCGAAACUUCCAUAUUUUUUACCAGCUUACAAAGGGCGCCCCGCAAAAGUAUCGCGACAACUUUGGCGUGCAACAACCUCAGUCCUACCUGUACACAAGUCGUUCGAAGUGUUACGAUGUGCCGGGAGUGGAUGACGUUGCCGAGUUUCAGGAUACGGUGGACGCCAUGAAGGUCAUUGGCAUGAGUGAGGCGGAGCAGGAUAAUGUGUUCCGUAUGCUAGCUGCUAUUCUGUGGAUUGGCAACAUUCAGUUCACGGAGGAUGACUCGAGCAAUGCUUCCAUCACAGACCAAUCAGUGGUUGACUUUGUGGCCUACCUGAUGGAAGUGGAUGCGGCCCAGGUUAACAAAGCUUUGACCAUUCGUCUGAUGGAGACUGCUCGAGGAGGCCGCAGGGGUUCCGUCUACGAAGUGCCACUGAACACCGUGCAGGCUGUGGCAGUUCGGGAUGCUCUGGCCAAGGCCAUCUACUUUAACCUUUUCGAUUGGAUCGUGGAGCGUGUUAACCAGUCUCUGACUGCUAGAGGGUCUGUGACCAACUCUAUUGGAAUUCUGGAUAUUUACGGAUUUGAAAUUUUUGAGAAGAACUCGUUCGAGCAGCUGUGCAUCAAUUAUGUGAAUGAGAAGUUGCAGCAGAUUUUCAUUCAGUUGACCCUAAAGGCUGAGCAAGAUGAGUAUGCUCGAGAGCAGAUCAAAUGGACACCGAUCAAGUACUUUGACAACAAGGUUGUGUGUUCUCUGAUCGAGGACAAGCGACCCCCUGGUGUCUUUGCAGCCCUCAAUGACGCUUGCGCGACUGCCCACGCCGACUCGGGCGCUGCCGACAACACCUUUGUGGGCCGGCUUAACUUCCUCGCCCAAAAUCCCAACUUUGAGGGCCGUCAGGGCCAGUUCAUUAUCAAGCAUUAUGCUGGUGAUGUGAGCUACGCGGUCGAGGGAAUGACGGAUAAGAACAAGGACCAGCUGCUGAAGGACCUGCUGAACCUGGCUGGAUCCAGUAGCAACCAGUUUGUUCACACUCUGUUUCCCAAUCAGGUCAACCAGGACGACAAGCGCCGCCCGCCCACUGCGGGUGACAAGAUCAAGGCCUCCGCCAAUGACCUAGUCGCUACUCUGAUGAAGGCGCAACCCUCUUAUAUUCGUACCAUCAAGCCCAACGACAACAAAGCUCCCAAGGAGUACAAUGUCGGCAACGUAUUGCACCAGAUUAAGUACUUGGGUCUUCAAGAAAAUGUGCGCAUUCGCCGCGCUGGCUUUGCCUAUCGUCAAACAUUCGACAAGUUCGUUGAGCGAUUUUAUCUCUUGUCCCCUAAGACAUCCUACGCUGGCGACUAUACUUGGACUGGUGAUUCGGAAUCGGGCGCCAAGCAGAUCUUAAAGGAUACCAGCAUUCCUACGGAGGAGUACCAGAUGGGUAUCUCAAAGGUUUUCGUCAAAACCCCGGAGACUUUGUUUGCCUUGGAGGCCAUGCGAGACCGGUACUGGCAUAACAUGGCCAUCCGAAUCCAGCGUGCUUGGCGCAACUACCUGCGGUAUCGUAUUGAGUGUGCGAUCCGCAUCCAACGAUUCUGGCGUCGCAUGACUGGCGGACUGGAGUUCAUCAAGCUGCGUGAUCAGGGACACCAGGUCCUUCAGGGUCGGAAGGAACGUCGGAGAAUGAGUCUUCUUGGCUCGCGUCGUUUCUUGGGUGACUACCUGGGAGUGGCCAACAAGGGCGGGCCUGGUGAGAUGAUUCGUAAUGGCGCCAACAUCAACAGCUCCGAGGACCUACUCUUCUCGUGCCGUGGCGAGGUCUUGAUUUCCAAGUUUGGUCGUUCCAGUAAACCAGCCCCACGUAUUCUUGUCUUGACCAACCGUCACGUGUACAUUGUCUCCCAGAGCAUCGUUAAUAACCAGCUCGUCAUUUCAUCUGAACGUACUAUCCCAAUCGGUGCUAUCAAGGCCGUCAGUGCGUCGAAUUUGAAGGAUGACUGGUUCUCGCUCGUCAUUGGUGCUCAGGAACCAGACCCAUUGCUCAGUUGUGUCUUCAAGACCGAGUUUUUCACUCACUUGACCAAUGCUCUACGGGGCUCAUUGAAUCUGAAGAUCGGAGAAAGCAUCGAGUAUAAUAAGAAGCCUGGCAAGUUGGCCACUGUCAAAGCAGUUAAGGAUCCGGCCGCCGGUGCUUUCGACAGCUAUAAGAGCAGUACAAUCCAUACCAGCGCUGGAGAACCGGCUAGUUCUGUGUCGAAGCCAACUCCCAGGCCCAAACAGGUUGCUGCGCGACCAGUCACAAAGGGCAAACUCCUUCGACCUGGUGGUCCUGGCGGUGGCCCAUCAAAAUUGUCUGCCACUGCCCGGAAACCUCCCCCUGCCGCUCAACCUCUACCCCGGUCUGACCCUCAGCCUGCUGCUCAAUCUCGCAUUGUGCCCCAGCCUGUCGCUGCCGCAGUGGCUGCUUCGCAUACCCGCACCGAGUCCGCAAGCUCCGUGAGAGCGCCUCCGCCACCACCGCCCACCGCUCCUCCUGCGUCCAAGAAGCCCACAGCCAAGGUCUUGUAUGAUUUCAGCAGUGACCGCCCGAACGAGCUAUCAAUCCGCACAGGCGAGAUUGUGCAGAUUGUGUCAAAGGAAGGAAAUGGUAUGUGGAUGGUGGCUUUGCAUGAACACCGCAACGUCCACUCAAGGUUGGACCCCCGAAGCCUAUCUCGAAGAAGUCGUCGUUGCCGCUCCCAAACCCACCCCCCUCCACCUCCACCCGUUGCACCUCGCGCCACUCCCAGCCCCGUGCCAAAUGGUGCCGGCGUUGUUGCCGCUGCAAAAACCAAACCGGCACCGCCCGCACCCCCUGCCAAGCGGCCCAAUAUGGCCGGACGGAAGCCUGCUCCUCCACCUGCACCCCGCGACAGCGCAGUGAGCAUGAACUCGGGUGACUCGUCGGGUGCUAGUGGCCGUGGAACCCCCAACAGCACCUCCAACGCGAGCCUAGCAGGGGGUCUGGCUGAGGCACUCCGGGCACGACAGAAUGCCAUGCAGGGCAAGCAUGAUGACGACGAUGAGUGGUAA